AGUGCGGUGAUUUCACGUUAACUAUGGCUCCUCGUAACAUUAUAUUUUUGCUCUUCCUCACUAUUGGUGUGUACAACGUUAACACCGAUCCCGUGGGCAAAGGGAUGGUCAAGAAAUACUACAGUACACAUGAGAACCACGGCUGUGGACAGUAUAGAAAAUGUCUUAUGGAUUGCACUUCAGAGGUAAUUGUCCUGACUGAUGAUCUUGACAAGGCCAAUGAAGCUCUCGGUGAAGCUGCUGAGACUAUUUGUCGUUUGAAUGAAGAUGUGGACGUUGCCGAUGAAACUAUCGGUAAUCUGAAGAAAUCUCUCAUCAAGGUCGAGGUACAGGUCAAAACCUUGACUAAGGAGGAUCAAAGGCUAAGACGUUUGUUGGACGCAGCCAAUGCAAGUGUUGUUAAACUUGAGAAAGAACUUUUAUAUGCUGCGUCUGAAAGAGAAUUCUUGCAAGAAGAACUAGAUAUGACCAAAGAAGAAUUACAGUUGUAUACUUAAAAGCCUGGUUAGCUUUCAAACAUAAAUCAUGAUGGAGAUUUUA